UAUAUAUAUAUGCUAGCAAUAUAUAAUCCAAGCACUGAUCUCUAUGGAACAGACCGAUACCGAUAUUCACAAUCCUAUCCACUCCCCAUAGUAGCUCCAUCAGGAAGGAGAAGAGAACGUAACAGUUUAACGGUCCAUAAUUUUGCAAUAAAUAAGAUGGAUAAAACUCCCGACGUACGAAGCGGGAAAGCCUCUUCUUUAAAAUGCCGUUUGAUUCACCCCGAUCCGACUUCCGGUUCCAGAGAUAUCAUCGUGUGAAGAGAAUUUUUCAGCGCCGCUAUCGCCGUCCUUUUCGCACGACUUCCGGACCUACCCCAACUUCCACCAACCGGUCUAGACACUCAGCUGCGCGUAACUAGGUCACUGUGCUGAACGCUACGCCUAAACUUUGAAAUCCUAUAUUUUAUUGAGACAUCGGGAUGAAUCAAAAGCGAUUCUUCUCGUCUUGACUUCUUCUAUCAACCGGGACGGUUUUCAAUAAAAACAUUCAUUGUCGUAUCGAUUAUAUUUUUUUUUUUAGAUGUAUGCGAUGAUUCCAGAUUUUAAUUUCCCUUCAACCUCGGAAUUGGUCAUUCGAUUAAGGAUCACUGACCAAUCUUCUAUAGAGAUCAGUGGAUCCAAGUGCUUAUCAAACGAAUUCUAAUUUAGGAAUCGAUUUUUUUACCGAUUCCUAGAUUUACAUAUUUCCUUUUAUUCCGCCGUUACGUUAAAAAGUUUACCACUUAGGAUAAGUUGAGGCUACUAAAGGGAAGCAGUUCGUAUUUGAUAAAGUUAAAUUGUAUGCAAUUUCCAUUCUACACGCUAGGAAUAUCAGAAUUGUCUUUUAAAAUAAGGUCGGUACUAAUCAUUUCUCUUUUAAUUAUAAUUAUAAGAUGUACAUGAAAUAAAGCUCAUGAAAUAUAUUUGGAAUUUAAUUGGUACCCCUCCUACAGCUUUAAUAUUCGAUUGUAAAACGUGGCAUAGGAUUUUAAAUAUCAAGUAUUCAAUAAUUAAUAAAAAUAUAAGCCAGGGAAGCUGCCACCGCACACCCUCGGUGUCUCGGUGUUGUCAUAUAUAUUCGAAAAUAUAUAUCCAUGUAGGUGGCGCCUCACGAUGUCAUAUGCCAUCGUCCACCUUAGGUGUUAAAGCUCGAUUAGAAUAAUUGUUAUCAGUAUAUGCUUCAUUUAAUAAGUGAAACAUCUCUCAGUUAUCCCCAAUGGAGUUUUAAAUAAUCCCGAAUUACAAUUUGUAUUAGGAAUAAACAUGGUGCGGAUCAAGUGGUCGCUGACCAAAGCGCCUAGCAUUCUUAAGCUUAAUUUAAAACAGAAAUGGUGGCGCUUGCAAGUCAUCAUAAAAUCAUUAUUUUACAAUGAUUUUUUAAAUUGGAGUUACGUUUGUGAUAUACUUUUAGAACCGUUGUUCUGGUUUGUAGAAAAUUUUACCGCUUGCUUAGGACCUGUGAGUAUCCCUCUGCUCAUUUCCUUAAUUUCGUUUCUUAUACUUUCUCCAUCCAUAGUGUUCUGUGAUUUUUACAAAGGAGACCGGCGCAUCGUUCACAAUGUAUUUACUAAGGUUGACAGUUUACAGGUGUUCGUAGUAAUGGUAAGCCUCUUGACUGCAAGCAUGGUGUACAUAGCAUAUUACAUUGGUCUACCGUACUGGUGGGAGAAGAGCCCAGUGAUGACAAUAAUCCUAUUGAUAAUCGGGAACUGGUUACUAGUUAACGUAUGCUUUCAUUAUUACAUGGGUGUAAAUGUUCCAGCUGGUUAUCCACCGGUAGGUGGUCUUAUACCAGAGGCUGUGAGUAUUUGUAAGAAAUGUAUCAAACCGAAACCACCCAGAACCCAUCAUUGCUCUGUGUGCAAUAGAUGCAUCCUUAAGAUGGAUCAUCACUGUCCAUGGUUAAAUAACUGUGUCGGUCAUUACAAUCAUAGAUACUUUUUCCAAUACAUGGCUUUCACAGUACUGGGUGUUCUGUUCAUAAUGUUGUUCGGCGUGGAGAUAGCAUAUCAAGAAUUCUUCCCAGCACAGGAACCAGAGCUGGAUGGUCAUCCAGUACGGAUUAACAAUUCCGAAAUAAUUCCUGUGACCGAGUCGUUGGAUCAUUUAAGUGACGAGGAAUUAGCUGAAAUAGCUAGACAAGCCGCAGACACGAAUACCAAAGAAUGGAAACGCUGUCUGAUAGGUACCGCCGCGUUAAUUUGCGUGGCCGCUUUCGCGGCAUUAGGAGCUCUGACCUGGUGGCACGCUGGUCUUAUUACCAGGGGGGAGACGAGUAUAGAAGCACGCAUAAAUAGCACUGAGACGGAGAAGUAUAAGGCACUUGGCAAAGUGUAUCAGAAUCCCUACAAUUUCGGACCAAGACAAAAUUGGAGACUGUUUCUAGGCACGAUCGGCAGGAGCUGGUGGUACAUACUUUUCCCAUCUAAUCACGGACCAUACGGGGAUGGCCUUACGUGGAAAACCAUCCACGACACAAAAAUAUCUUGAGUAUAAUUUUUACGCCUAGUAAUAACGGCACAAGUUAGACACGUUCUUCUCCAAUCACGAUAAAGUUGUUCUUACAAAUUUCGAGAUCUAGUCAAGCUACUACUGCGAUUACAUGUAUAGUAUUACGUGCACCGUGCACAAUCCUUCAGGCAACUUUGACAUCAACAUUGAAAAAAAGGGACACCAGAUUUUUUAAAUCGACAAGAUUAUCAGAUGUAUAUAUAUACAACAAUAUAUUUAACAAAUUUUUAUCACUACAAUCGUUAUCAUCGUAAUAUCAGUAUCAUAUGUAUUUUAAACUUUUAACUCGAUAAUAACUAAUGAGAGGAAAAUAAACGUUUUUAUCUUUGCAAAGUAA